AUGGGUGUCCUAGAACUCUUGCGAUGGCGUGCGCCCAACCCACUGAUCUUAUUACUGCUGCUGAUACAAUGGAACCAGCAAAUCCCCCACACCAUUGACCGGCAAUUUGUGGAAGUGUUCAGUGGUGUUGGAGAAGUUUCUCGUGCUUUCAGGGAUGUCGGUCGACGUGGCACCUCAAUUGAUCUAUGUCUGGAUGGUGCUUUCGAUUUGACCCGUCCCUCCGCUUUUGGGUUGGUGCUGAAUGAGAUCCUCCGGUGCAAGCCUGGCAGCACAGUGCUUAUGGCGCCAGAUUGCCGCAGUUUGUCCCGUAUGUCGCGCCAUACGAGUGGACGCACCUACUUGUCUCCACUCGGCAAUCAAGGGUACUUAUUUGUAAAAAUCGGAAAUAUCUUGAGUGCGAGAACUGCAUUACUUGCAUUCCUUUGCUCCUUUUGUGGGCUCCGUUGGGUGAUUGAGCAGCCAGAGGGGACGUUCUUACCACAGCUGCCACGUUAUCAGUGGCUCUUUGGAGUGCUAAAGGUCUUUGCAACAACGAUGUACAUGGGGGUGUUUGGAUCAGGUAGCCCUAAGAAGCACAGGCUGCUGUCGAAUGAUCCAGCUUUCCUAGAGAAGAUUCACGACAAAGCUGGGUUCAUGUCAAGGGUGGACCAAGCCAAAUGCGAUACAAAGUUGGUACAUCGUUACAUAGACAAAAACGGGAAGCGUCGUUGUACUGGACUCAAGAAGGAAUUGAAGGAAUCAGCGAAUUAUCCCCCUGCCUUUGGUGACUUCAUUGCAUCAAUUGCUGUGGAGAUGGAAGCUGUCCCGGUUCCGAUGAAUAUGCAUCUGGAUGAAAGCUUUCCCAUUGACCUCACAGACUUGGAGCUGUUUAGGAGGUUCUGCCUUCCCAUCGGCGACCCAUGGAAAGAUGUGCCUGGUAUAAAAUGUUUUUUUUGGCAAUCGGGAUACCCAACAAAUCACACAAGAAUAGAUUUUCCCCAAGUUCGCCAGCUAGUGUCGUGUGGAAUUGCCUUAGGCUUGCCUAUGGGAUGCUGUGGAGUAUUUCGCCCGUGCAAAAUAUAUGCAAGUGCCUAA